AUGGGAAGUUCAGUGGACCACAGUUCUGGAGACGAUACGGAUAUGAGUGACUCUGAACUUGAUGAGUACAAAGAUUUAUCAUAUGAAGCACUGAAGAGCGGAAAACAUAAAGUUAAGUUAUCUGAUGAAAUUUUUGCUUGCCCCUUCUGCUCUAAAAGGAAGAAAGGAGAUUAUUUUUACAAGGAACUGUUGCAGCAUGCAAGCGGCGUUGGGGCUUCUACUUCUAGCAAACGAAGUGUUGUAGAGAAGGCAAAUCAUCUUGCAUUGGCGAAGUUCUUGGAGAAAGAUUUAUCAGCGUUUGCUGAUCCAUCAGAGGCUGUGACUGAAGUUGAUCCCCUUGCAGAUCAUGAACCCGAUGAGAUGUUUGUUUGGCCGUGGAUUGGAAUUGUCGUCAACAUUGCGACUCAAUUUAAGGAUGGGCGGUAUGUUGGUGAAAGUGGCUCCAAGCUAAGGGAUGAGUACACUAUGAGGGGCUUUAAUCCAACUAGAGUGCGUCCUUUGUGGAAUUACCAGGGCCACUCUGGCACAGCCCUUGUGGAAUUUACAAAGGAUUGGUUUGGUUUCAAUAAUGCUAUGUCAUUUGAGAAAGCUUACGAGGCUGAUCAACAUGGCAAGAGACAUUGGUUGGAAAAUAAUAGCAAUCUCUAUGGCAAGAGAGAUUGGCUUGCAAGUAAUCCUAACAAGUCUGGUCUUUAUGCUUGGGUUGCUCGUGUGGAUGAUUACAAGUCUGAGAGUAUUAUCGGUGAGCACCUCCGUAAGAUUGGAGAUGUCAGAACCAUAUCUGAUAUCAUGGAAGAAGAAGCUCGCAAGACAAAUAAACUUGUCAAUAAUUUGACCAAUGUGAUUGAGGUCAAGGAUAUGCAUUUAAAGGAGAUGGCAAGCAAAUUUAAGGAAACUGAAGGUUCUCUUGACAGUUUAAUGGCAGAAAAGGAUAAGCAGUAUCAAAUUUACAACGAAGAACUGAAGAAGAUUCAAUUAACUGCACGUGAUCAUUUGCAAAAAAUUUUCAAUGACCAUUUAAAGUUGAAGGCCCAGCUGGAAAACCAUAAGAAUGCCCUAGAAUUGAGGGGCAUAGAACUAGAGCAACGCGAUGCUAAAAAUGAAACUGAAAGAAAAAAACUGUUAGAAGAGCUGAAAGAGAAUGCUACCAAAAAUUGUGAAGUCAGUGCCGCAUCCGAGGAGCAAAAAAAAGUUGAUGAGGAUUUAAUGAGACUGGCUGAAGAACAGCAGAAACAAAAAGAAGAUCUGUACAAGAGAAUUGGACAACUCAAGAACGACCUGGAGGCAAAACAAACCUUGGAGUUGGAAAUUCGAAGUCUGACAGGUCAACUUAAUGUCAUGAAGCACAUGGGAGAUGAAGGUGAUCCUGAAGUGCUUGAAAAGGCCAAUUCCUUGAACAGACUGUUGAUAGAAAAAAUAGGUGAACUUGAUGAUAUGGAGAGGUUGAAUCAAGCUCUUAUUGUGAAGGAGCGCAAAAGCAAUGAAGAGGUGCAGGAUGCACGAAAAGAAUUGGUCAAUGGUUUCAAAGACUACCCAAAUUCAGCAGAAAUUGGAAUAAAGAGGUUGGGUGAGCUUGACACAAAACCAUUUUAUGAGGACAUGAAGAGGAAGUAUAAAACUGAAGCAGAAGCAGAAGAGAGGGCUUCUGAAGUGUGCUCGCUGUGGAAUGAAUACCUCAAGGAUCCUGAAUGGCAUCCUUUUAAAAGGAUUAAGCUUGAUGGGAAGGAUGUGGAAACAAUAAAUGAGAGCGAUGAAAAGAUUCAGGAACUGAAGAAGACAUUUGGCGCUGAUGUAUACAAUGCGGUCUCAACAGCUUUGCUGGAGAUAAAUGAACACAACCCAAGUGGGAGAUACAUUACUUCAGACUUGUGGAACUAUGCUGAGGGUCGGAGAGCAACUCUGAAGGAGGGUGUAAAGUACUUGGUGAAAAAAUGGAAACUACACGACCAAAAGAAGAAUUAA